AUUUUUUACAUCAAAUUUCGCAUUUCAUAAGUUUGAGACACCAAGGCACUAUCAUAUCAAAAAUUUAAAUAAUUCUUCAAUUUAUCUAACACAAACAAUACAAACAAUAAUUAAAGUUGAUCUGAAUAGUUAAAAACAUACGGAACCAUGGGACGCAGUCAAAAUAAAUCAUCUUCUUUCGGAUUUUCAAGAUUUCAUUUUCGAGUUUACAGAAAGUUUUAUAUAUCUAGUGUUGCCCCAGUGGUAGUAGGGGUUUGUCUUGGAAUUACUAUUCAUAUGCUGAUAAUGGAAAUGGGAUGUAAUAGCAAGGAUAACGGACUUACUGCUGAGGAAAUCACGCAAAGGUCUUUAAACAUAAAGACUGUUAAAAAAAUCCGUAAAAGAAGUGUUGAUGCCACUAUUCCUGAAGAUGAAAAUUUAGAUUUUGUGGCAAGAAUUAUCAAUUUAUCUACACUAAAUAUAUCUGUAAAUUUAAAUGUGACAAGAAAAAAGUUCUAUAGACCUCAUACUAUUAAAGAUGAAUUACAUUGGAAAGAGAAGUUAUUUGUAGCAGUUUUAACAAGUCCAAGUACUAUAGAAAAACUUGGUGUAGCUUUUGAGAAAACAACCGCUAGACAUUUCCCUGAAGUCAUAUUCUUCAGCAGUGGAAAAAUAAAAUCUGAACUAAAAGGACUGAAAAUUGUUGCGUUUGAGGAUACCAACCCUGAAAUGUUGCCAAUACUUGUUCUAACAUAUAUAAAGAAAAACUUACCAGAAGCCUACGACUUUUAUCUUUUUGUAACAGAUAGAACAUAUCUGCGUGCACAAAAAUAUCAUGACUUUCUGAAAUAUAUGAGUAUUACAGAAGAUGUCUACUCUGGUAACCUUGCUCAGGAUGGAGAUUUCUGUACUUUACACAGCGGUAUUCUUAUAUCAUACUCUAUCAUAUCCAAGGUGUUAUCAGAGUUAACUUGGUGUUCAGUCAACAAUAAACAAGGAAAUCCAGGAAAAAGAUUUGCACAGUGUAUACAUCAUGCCUCUAACAAAUUCUGCACACCUUGGAAAAAUGGACACAAAAUGAAAGCUUUCAAAUUAGAUAAUUUUGACUUUGAUUUAGAUAUCUUGCAUUUAAAAUCAGAUCAUUCUUUCAAUCAGUCAUUAACAUUUUAUCCAAUGCUGGACGAUGUUUCAUUUUAUAAAAUACACAGAUAUUUUUGUACAAAAGAUUUAACUGAAGUUCAAAGUCAGAUUGAUGCCGCUAAAGCAAACAUUAUUGACCUCAGUCAACAUUCACCAGGAGGUCGGGACAGUUUAUCCUGGCCUCUAGGGACCAAACCAUCCACACAAGUAGACAACAGAUUCUCUAUAAUUCCAUGGGUGUACUUCACAGAAAAAGACAUGUUCCUUGAUGAUGAAGUCACGAAUGUUAAGGAUUUAUCAGGGGCUGACAUACCAGACAUACUUGACAUCAAGAGAGAAAUAGCUGAAAACUUGAACAAGAAAUAUCCUUCAAGGUUUACGCUCGAGACAAUUGUAAAUGGUUAUCGUAGGUUUGAUCCUAAUCGUGGAAUGGAAUACACAAUUGACAUACUUCUUUUAGAUAAAACAAAGAACAAUGGUAAGGUAUUUAAACGUGUUCAUUUAGUACGACCAAUUGGGAAUGUUGAACUUGUUCCAACCCCAUUUGUAACUGAGAAUAUACCACUCCAUAUUAUACUACCAUUACAACCAACAAAUGUAGAUUCUCUAGAGAAGUUUUUGGUUUCUUAUGCCCACUCUUGUUUAGUAACAAAACAAGAUGUUUACUUAAUUGUGGCAUUGUUAUAUCCAGCAGCAAAAGCCACCAAGGACCCAUUUGAGAAGGCAAAGAAAGUUAUUGAUGAUACGAAUAAAAAGUAUAAUUCUAAAGAAAAAUUGUACUGGAAAGCACUGGAAAAUGCAGUAACUGAUAUCAACAUUAUGGACAAGUUACAGACAGAGUUUAAAAGCGAUGUGUUAAUUUUACUGACAACUGUAAACAGUGAGAUGUCUCCGAAUUUUACAAGUCAAUAUCUAAACAGAGUACGUAUGAAUACAGUUAAAGAGAAUCAAGUUUACUUUCCAAUGGGCUUUUGGCAAUAUCGACCAAAUCUUUUGUAUGAUAAAAAACCAUUCCCAGCUUCUGUGGAAAUAGGCCAGAAACUUGGUAUAUACAACAAGAAAGCUACAGAUAAUGCGGGAUUCUAUCUGUCUGACUAUAAAACAGCUAGAAAUGCCAUGAAAUCUAUACCAUCUGAUAUAUUCACUAUGUUUAUAACUUACAAAAAAUUUCAUGUGUUUCAAGCAGUUGAGCCCAAUCUAAAAUUUAAAUGGAUGUAUAUAACAUGUGAUUCGCGGAUGCAGAAAAUGCAAUUUGAGGAAUGUAAGAUCCGAAACCUGGACGGACUUGGAAGUCAACAUCACCUAGCUAAACUCAUAUACGAGUAUCGAAACGGAAAUUUAUCCAAGCCCGAUAGUGGUAAACCUACUCCAAAACCAAAAGCACAAAAUGCAAAUACACCAAAACAAAACAAAUCACAAACUUCAAAACCAGGUGCUAAAAAACCAGUUACUCCAAAACCAAAACAAACACCAGCAGCCAAUUUGCACCAGCCUUUUGCACCAUUUAUGGUCAAUCCUAGACGAGUACCAGCUCCUAAAUACAAACUUAAAGAUCCUGAAUUAAAACUACAUCAUGUUAAUUUUGAUAUGUCAGAGGAUGACCCACUUGGAGAGGACAUGCUGCUUGUAGACCCUAAAAAACCAAUCAGAGUGUAAAAAAUCUGUCUUCAUCUUUUUACCACAGCUGGAUCUUUAUUAUUGAAAGAUGUUUCUUGUUUUGAAAUUUGAUCAUUGAUCUAAUAAGGAGCAAACAAUGGUGGAGGAAUUAUAGUUCAAAUGACAGGCUACAUGAUUUGUUGCAUUGGAAUCAAAUUGAAAAUAUGUACAAAAUAUUAUUGGUGAUUGUAAUUAAUAGGGAUUGCACCUGCGUUUCGAGCUUACAGACAUAUAGCUAAG